AUGGGAGAGUAUGAGUAUGAGCUCCUCAGAAGGUGCACUAAGACCAAACACUUGGUGGAGACACCUUCCGGUGAAUUCUUCAUCAUUGUCAAUUAUGCUCUGGCCACUUGUCAGGGGAAACCUGUCUUCCCUUGGGAGACACAAGACUUGGACCCUAUGGAGGUCAAAACCGGGANAAUGUGGUUCAUGUUGUAUAGCAGCCAUGAUCCAACUACAAGGGUCCAAGACAUUGGGGAUCUCUGCAUUUUCUUAGGAAAAAACGAGCCGUUCUGUGUCCCCGCAAGCAUGUAUCCAGGACUGAAGCCCAACUCCAUCUACUUCACUCAACGGCAUGAGGUUUAUAACUACAAUAUCGUCCAUCAAACCUUCUGUAAACUCCCUCUUGGUGGCGGUCUGAUUUCACCUAUCUGGCUUCAGCCCAUAUGA